CUCAAGUGUCAAAUCAAGUUUGCUGAUUGCAAGUGAUAGUGAAAUGACUUGACUGAAUUUAAAUUCAUUAAUUUUUGUACCAAUACUUGUCCACUACAGUGUUAGUGACAAGUUGUUUAAGAAUUCUUUGUAGAUUUAUGAGACUUACACAUUCAAGUUUUUAAUGCAUAAGUUUGCACAUUCGCGAAAGUAAAUGAAAGUAUAGUUGAUAUAAAUUAUCAAUUAGGUAUGGAAAGUGAAAAAACGAAUGUGGUCCGUGUGGGAUCUAGGAAAAGCGAGCUGGCACUUAUACAGACAAACUUUGUUAUAGAAAGUCUGAAAAAAGUAUAUCCCGAUAAGGAAUUCACAAUAGUAUCCAUGACAACAUUAGGAGAUAGAAUACUCAAUGUGUCUCUGCCUAAGAUUGGAGAGAAAUCUCUAUUCACGAAGGAUCUUGAAGAUGCGCUGAGGAAUAACUCUGUUGAUUUUGUUGUACAUUCCCUUAAGGAUUUGCCGACUACAUUGCCAGAGGGCUUAGCUAUUGGUGCUGUGUUUGAGAGAGAGGAUCCAAGAGAUGCAUUGGUGCUACGAGAGGAAUUAAAUACGCACACAUUGAGCACUUUGCCAGCAGGCUCUGUCAUUGGCACUUCAUCGCUGCGUCGUACAGCACAACUCAGGGGGUCAUAUCCACAACUAUCUGUGAUAGAUGUUCGUGGUAAUUUGAAUACGAGGCUAAAGAAACUGGAUGCCCCCAGUAAGGAAUAUUCGGCGUUACUUUUAGCUAACGCUGGCCUACAGAGGAUGGGAUGGGGGAAUAGAGUAUCUAAAAUAUUACCGUGUUCAGAAAUAAUGUACGCGGUAGGACAAGGGGCAUUAGCAGUAGAAUGUAGAUCAGAUAAUGAAGAUGUACUGAAAAUGCUCGCUCCAUUCAACCAUGCAGAAACUUAUUGUAGAGUGCUUGCGGAGAGAAGCUUCCUCAAAACAUUGGGUGGUGGCUGUAGUGCUCCAGUUGGUGUUUCGACGAAAUUAAAACAUGUAGAUCCUCAGUACAAAUUCACAAUAGAUGGCGCUGUAUGGAGUAUGGACGGUACGACAAAGAUACAUGAAACUUUAGAAUUGGUGUUGCCACAAAUAAAAAAGACGCAAAAACAUAAAUUAAGUCCAACAGAAGAAAGUGAUUGUAAAAAAUUGAAGAAAGAAAAUGGCGCUCCUAAAGGUCUUGAUGCUGUUUUAGAAUUAAAUAGGAGAAUAACAGAAAGGAAAGAUAACCUAAAUUGUGAAGAUACAAGAUCGAUGGAGGAGAUUGCCAGUUUAAAAUGUCCAAUAUUCUGCGGUCUGUCUGAAAAUAGCAACAUUCCUAUUGAAGUUAUCGAAAAAUGUGAGAAUUUAGGUAAAGAUUUAGCUAAUAAUUUAAUAUCUAAAGGUGCUUUAGACGUAAUGAAAGUAACACAAGACUAUAUAAGAAGUGCAGCUGCUCAAAAAUCUUGAUUGUUGAUUUAUUUGUUAAUUUUGUGUAUAUAUUUAGAUACAGGGAUAUAUUUAUUAUAUUA